AAUGUUAUUGUCUGCCAUCUGCAGUAUUAAAGGAAAACUUGGUUUUCGUGCACUGAAGUCCAUUAUACUAAAUUAGGCGUUGUGUGUAUGUGUGCGUUACUCAAGUAGUGCAGUGUUGUGUGUGACAGAUUUUCUAAUAAUAUCACAACAUAAUUUACAUAGCCCUCUACAGCAUCUCAAGAAUCUCAAUAGGCGAAUAGUUUAUUAUCGUCUGCAUUUUGCGUUUAUUGUUCCUCCCUUAUGCCAAAUUGUUGUUAAGUGUAUGAAAUAUAUCGAUCUACAAAUGUGUUUGUGAUAGAGCAAAAGAUGACAUAUGUUCAAUGAGAUGGAAACAAACUUAAGAAAUCUUUUGAGUUUCUGCGAACGGAAAUGUAGUUUUCUUGUUGGGUCGAAACAGAAAACACCUCAUCAUGAUUCACACCAAUACUUAAAUACAAUGGGAGAAGUAAAUAAUUCACAAAUGUAGUUUACUAGCUGAUAGUUGUUUAUUUGUUGAAUAUUGAUGCUCUGAACUGAGUACGAGGGCAACCACAGCGUGAAAUCAAUCCCACCGUGAAAUGCCUUUGCAACAAAUAAGUGUUUCUCCACUGGAUUGGGUUAAAGAUGCUGGACACACUGGAAGACAAAAUCGCGAUUGGAAAGUUCAGGAACCUGUUUUUACUACAUCAAGUCCAAAUCCACCUGAAAGAUGUUCUUCUCAUGCUUCAAGCCUCUCUAACAAUCAUGACAUUUGCAGAAUUUGCCACUGUGAAGGAGACAGCGAAGUUCCACUCAUUGCUCCCUGCUACUGUGCUGGGUCAUUGCGAUAUGUUCACCAAGCUUGCCUCCAGCAAUGGAUCAAAUCAUCAGACAUCCGUAGCUGUGAACUUUGCAAGUUUCAGUUUAUCAUGCAGAGCAAGAUCAAGCCUUUCAGUGAGUGGGAAAUGCUGGAAAUGUCAGGAGUGGAAAGGAGAAAAUUAUUGUGCUCUGUCACAUUCCAUGCUGUAGCAUUGACAUGUGUCGUAUGGUCACUAUAUGUGCUGAUUGACCGUACAGCCGAAGAGGUGGGGCGAGGAUCCCUGGAAUGGCCUUUUUGGACAAAGCUGGUUGUUGUGGCUAUUGGUUUUACAGGUGGCCUCGUUUUCAUGUACAUCCAGUGUAAGGCAUACGCACACCUCUGUCGUCGUUGGCGUGCCUUCAAUAGAGUUAUAUUUGUACAGAAUGCACCGGAGAAAAUGCCUUCUGGACCUGUGCAGUAUACUGCACCACCCUUGGCUCGUGAGGAGUCUCUCUUCCUUUCGGAGGCAUCUCACGUCUUAAUGGAAGAUGCUGUGUCAACAAACCAGGUCGGAGCUGAAAGGACUGAGCUCAGCAGUCCCAGCAGCAGUUGCCAUGUUACAUCACCUGCAGAAGCAUUAGGUGCUCCAGAGGAGGCUGUCUCCCUUUGUGAAAUUAGCCGUCUACUUCAGGUGGAAGAUGCUUCAGAGGAUCCUGGACGAUCUACAGCAACACCAGCUGUAGCAUCCCUUAGUGCCAGCAGCAGUGAGGAAUCAUUCCCUUCACCAUCGACACAACUUCUGAAGAUGCCGGUGUCUCCAGAGCGAGCAGCGCGGGGGAGGACAGCUACCGGUCCACAGGGUCGAUCACUUGGCUCACAGUCUCCACUCCUUCAUGACGAUGGCAGUGGUGCCAGUGGAUGCCAGUGAAGACUGCCAGUGCUAGUCUAACAAAAUUUCAUAUCCAGUAACAAGUCACUUAUGUGAGUUAAUUCUUUUAAAGAAACUGUGGAAGUGUCCUCUGAAUUUCUUUUGUGUGCAUCACAGCAAUGUGUCAAAAAAAAAUUACGACGUCCUCCAGGCCAGUGUAUAAGCAGCAGACAUUGGUGUAACUGAUUUGCCUUUUUAAAUCGUGCCUGAGUCGUAUUAUAUAUAAUUAUUGCCUGUUGUUAAUUGUUUGUAGUCCGCAGUACUCCUCUUUAAAUUUUCUGAAAUUUGUAUCUGUUGUAGAAAUUAUAACAUUGAGUUAUAUGUAAGCAGAAUGAGAAGGUGGGAAAUGUAGGUUAAACUUGUAUGCAAAAUGAGGUGCUAAUAAUAAGUUGUCAUAUAUUAGAAAUCGCAAGAGUAAAAGACUUGUGGCUGGGAAGCACACGCGACUACAAUGAGGCCUAAAUCUGACAUUUUACUGACAUAUUUAUUACUUGUCAGGCACAAAUGAAAAUAUUCCAACAACAAAAAUAAAAUUAUCUGAAAAUAUUUCCAGCUCAGAUUAUCUUCAAUCAGUCAUAGCAAUCCCACUGCUGAUAACACAAUCAUGUCUUAAGUUAUUAAAUAGUUAAGAAAAAUAUUCUGAAUGUAAACUCUGAAAGUCCUGUCAAAGUCACCAUUUAUUGUAACCAGUAGUGAGUAAACAUUUCACAAUCGCAGAAAUUGUCUCCUCGAAGCCACGGCAUUGUUGUGAUGAAAUAAAGAUUGAUUAAUAUCUUUCGUGCUGUCCUGAAGCAAGUUUCAGAUGAUGUUCAUUAAGAGCUGAUUAGAUAAUCAGGUAGUAACCCUACAUUUGAAUCGUUCCACAUCUUGCUAAUAGAAAAUGAAGGAUUAGCACUUGUAAUUUUUAAAGCAACUUGAGUGUUACUAGAUAGCAUACAGUGGGCACCAGAGGUUCUGCAGAUAUUCUGGAUCUUAGUGAGGAACUAUAAAGUAAUGUAAAUAACACUUAGACAGAAGUGAUUUGCCUUGCAGAGAAUUACAAUGUAUCUGAAGAGUAGGACUUGCAUUAAAGAUAUUGGGAAAAAUUUAUUGCAAGACAAAUGGAGGAUCUUCUAGUGUCAUUGUAAUUGCAGAUUAUUAGUGCAAGCUCAGGUAGCAGUGACACUAGUAACAUUAAGUAUAUUUUAAAAACUUGGACAGAUUACGACACAGAAUAAAGUUUCCUAAAUUUAUUUUUAGAAUUAGCAAUCACUGAAUUUGUGGCAGAUGAAAAAGUGAAGCUGAUUUUUGUUUUUAAUUAUGUCGGACACACUCAAUGAAGGUGUACACAAGAAGUGAUAAAAUGUCAAGGAAGCCUCAAACAAUUACCAACCAUUGUAAUUAGAACUGAUGAAUUGACAAUUGUGAACAAUGUUUUUAUCUACUCCAUCUUGAAAGGAUGGAAAUUACUGACGUGAUGGUAUAUCCAUUAUUUACGUAUAUGUUAAGUAUAACUUUGUUAUAUUCAUAUUAUGCGACAACCCUUUUUAAAAUAAUAUUAUAGGACAGUGAUGAAAUGAUGGAGAAAGUAUAACAUAAUAUGCACAACAGUAAACAUUAAAUAUAUGAAGCUAUACAGAAAUAUAAUUACAUGGAAGUCAAGAUUAUACAAUGUUCCCAGUCCACUGCUUUGUAAUAUUAUUUGUAAAACCUUCUUUGCAUAAAUAUGCAAAGUGUACUAGUUGAAUAGGUGCUGAUGGUAAAAGUGUAGUGUCAAGAUAGUUCCACAUUCGUAAGGAAAUUUUUUGUGGAACAUAUUUGCUUGUUACUGGUAUGAAACUACUCGCUGAUUUUGAAGUAUAUGUAUGUGAAAAAUAGUGAUAGGUGUGCUAAACUGAGGAUCUUUAAAAACAUGUUUUUGUAUGUGUUUAAACUUUAUUUUGUUUGAGUACUGCUGGAAGAAUAUGUUUUAGAUUUCUUCCAUACUCAAAAAUACUAGCUAAUAACAUUAACAAGUACUUAUACAGGACAAAAGUGGAAAAAAGACUGAAAUUAUUAAUUUGUGGUACUUAAUCUGAUUGUCUGUGAUGUAAUAUAACAUAAUUUUGCUGAAUGUCAGCGGGCUGUUAAAAACAUUUUUUGUCUUUUGAAGACUUUGAUUUUUAUGAGGGAACAUCAAGAACAUGUUUGUUGGAUUAAAUGUUUUUAUAUUGAAAAGAGUAAUUAAAAACCUUAACUUAGGUCAGCCCAGAUUUCCUGUUUUUGAAACUG